UAUCUGUUAUCGUCUGACUAUUCGUCCCUUCUGAGAAUCGAACUUCGCCUAAUCAAUCAUGGCAGUGAUCUGAUAUGUAACCAAUGUAGAGGGCUGGUUUAAAGAAAGAGUACUGUUGAAGCAAUUGAGCUAAGCAACGUCUUUAAGAAAGCAUCAUGACGAAGGGGGAUGCGCCGGCGUCCAAACCGUGGCGGGUGAAGGGGACCUCCCGUAAGGACAGAUCCCGGAAGAGAGACGCCGAGAGGGUGGAGGAGGAGAAUGUGAGGACAGAGGGGCACGCCACAAGGAUGGUGCAGGUCGCCUGUAAGCGUCUGUACGCACAGAUCAACGCCAACUUCCGCCGUGGUAAGAAACAGUACACACGGGACGACAAGUUCGUACAGGCGAAGCUGUAUGAUAUCAUCUGUGACGAGGCCAGGAAGUUAUGGUCUCAGUCGGCUGUCAGCAUGGUGCGACUCAACUACAAACAUGACAUCUUGGCUAACGGUCCCCGCGGCCCGGCUGAGAAGGGCCCUCCGCGCAUCGCGCUCAUGAUGACGUGGCCGUGGUGUAAGCUGGCCCUGGAGGUCAGACGGGUUCCCGAGAAGUACCACUACUCUUACCAGAGCGUCCGCAACUGUUUUGCGCGCAUGUCCUACCUGGUGUGGAUGGGCGGCUGCCAUGUCGGACUGGUGGCUCUGUUUGGCACGAAAGAGGAUAUGCAGAAAGCAGACCUGGACCUGUACUGCACGCCGCUGGGAGGAGAGAGUGUAGUGGACAUCGCUCUGGCCAAGGACGCCAUGGCACUGUUCGGGUACGGGGACACCAAAGGCAUGAACAAGGCAGAGAUCCCCUGGGCUUACCAGAAGGACCUGAAGGUCAACUGCAUCAUGAACAAGUUCGAACCGACAGAAGGCUUCUGUGUGAGGGUGUACCGCGUCCAUCCGUCCAGAUCUGGAAGGUUCAAGGAGAAGUUCUCAGAUGAGGACAGACUGAACAAGCUGUACGCGGAGUACGCAGAGUAUGAGGACAGGCAACAGGUCCUGGAGAAGGACGACAGCGCCUUCCCGUCAGGAGAUUCGGACGACUCCUCCAAAUACUUCUCACCGGACGACAUCAGGAAGGACGUGGAUAAGGUGGACAUCUAUCUACAGUGCGGUGCGUGGGACUACAUGAGGGCCCAUGAAGAGUAUAAAGAGAUCCUGAAGAGGGUGAAUCAGCCUGCGGCGGGGGAAGGCGACCUCAUCUCGGGCGGCAAACGGAAAAUGCCAGGUCAGGACAUCGAGUUUGACUACCUGGCAGAACGGCUGAAGGAUAGGAUCCAGUACACGCACCAGGAAGUGAAACCUCCACCGCCACCACCAGAAACUGACGACUUAUACGUCGCUGGUCCCAGUCCGGAAGCCGAAGCACCCAGCAUAGAACCGACCGCAUCUCCCGAUGAAAUCCUGGCGGCUUACGUUGCCAGCGCAGGGAAGCCUCACCAACAAGGGUCGCUGUUUGCUGCUGAAUCUGUUCCCGAACUAGCGGAGGAAGCCACCCAGGAAGUCAUAGCUGAGAUCGCGGUACGAGACCCGGAAAUGCGCAGGCAGUCUUCGGUCAAGGCGCGGCAGCGGUGGCGGGGUCUCCGCCCCAGCCUGUUCACCGAGCCGGAGGGUCCUGUCGGGGAUGACGAGGAUCUUUACACCGGGGGAGCUGCGACGGCGGCGAUCCACGAGUGGUUAACGCAGAGAUCGUUCAAAUCGGAUUCUGGUAGCUACAAAGGCACUGUGGCAUCGCGAGGGACCAGGAGGUCUCGGGGCUCCUACAAGUACAUACCGCCAAAAGAGGAUGUAACUAUGGGGGAUGAGCCUUUACAAUAUGUCUCACCAGAAGAGGAGGUGACUCAGGCAGCAGAGAGCCCGUUCCGAAAACAGUCACGGGUCUCCUUUAAAUCAAAGAGGGAGGCCAAAGGGACGGUACGAAGCCGUGGAUCUGUGAAAUAUCUACCACCUAAGGACGCAGUGUCCGUGGGAAAUGAACCUGAGAAGUUUAUGAUUUUUGAAGAUGAAGAUGGCAAUGAGAUAGAAGAAGACGACAAACCAGAGAUACCUAUUAAACGGAUGAGUACCAAGAAGAGACAAGCUGUGUCUGCUGCCAUGGCUGCCAUGCCACCCAGGCCGGGACUACAGAGGACAAAAUCCCUCGCGUUUUCAGACACUUCGGACGAACCCACAACUGAUGACGUCGUGAUAAACAACACCCUUCGUUCGAUGAAGCUGUCAGGAGUUACAGAAGAGCUGGCAGACCCGUCGUCUCCUGAGUUCAUGGAACUAGCCAGCGCCACCAAGAGCAUGCUUGAACAGUCUCUUGCGAAGGAACUGGGCGAUUCCUUCUAUGCUGUACAAAUCACUGGAUUUAAGAAGGGCAGUGUGGUGGCUGAGUUUGUGGUCAUUAUGGCAGACGAUGCAGACAAGCCCGUACAGAAAGACGUGACGAAGAUCAUCAAGAAAGCCGCUAAGAACGGAGUGGCCGGGAGAACCAUUCUGCCUGAAUCCGUGGACAUUGAAGAACCCCAGUCUCUCAGCCGGCGACAGUCCCAAAAACAAGCCCCUGGUGCCGAGGAAGAGUACGGCGAAGAACAUGUGGAGCCGAUCAAGCUAAACACGAGUUCCAAGAAGCAGAAACCACCCAAAAUCAAACUUCUGGAAAGAAGGAAGUCGCCAAGUCUGUCUCGCAAGAAGAGCAAGGACAAAAAGGGACCCAAACUGGAAGGACGAGUCAAAUAUCAGCCCAUCGAAACUGCCCCGAUAUCCACGGUAGAACAGCCUGAAGACCACUACCUGGAAUUCAGAAGGAUAGAGCCUACGGACCAGCAAAUGGAACUCAGAAGGAACAAACCUACGGACGAGCAAACUGGGACUGAGGUUGGUCUGAAGACAACCUUGCAGGAAAAGUUUGGAUCCGGAAAAGGAUUCGACCCAACUUCCUUCAACCUACCGAUAAUUUCUGCCGAUCGGCCUAGAAGCAAAGUCGAUAUGGUGGAAUUAAAGAACGUUCUGGCAAAGAAACAGCAACUCAAAGAGGAGAGAAGUGAGCCGCAAUCUGUGGAAUUCAAAGAACCCAAAGAGCAGAUCAGAGAGGAUGCCCCUGCCGUCAACCUUCCGAUAGAACCUGCAGAACGGUCUGAAGACGAGAAGGAAUUCGAAACGACAGAGUUGAUGCAGAUCCUGGCAAAGAAACAGCAGAGAAGUGAGGACAAGCAGCGAGGGAGACCCCUGGGACCCCCAAAGCAUCUGGCAGGCGUCGUGUCCCAUGCAAUGAUGGAGUUUGGCAGUUCUAAGAAGAAGGAUUCACUAACGAAAAGCUCGUUGAAGGGAAGUCUGAAGAAGUCACCGCCGGAAGAGACUGAGAGAAAAUCGUCCAUGAAAUCGUCAAAGAAAUCGUCAAUGAAGAAAGCACCAGAGGAUCAGUUAGAAGCUCAAACGGCAACCCUGGACCUGGGUGAGUCUGCAUCAUUGGCGUCUGCACCGCGAUAUGAGCUGGCACCGUACGACUACACCAUGGACACUAUACAGCAUGACCGAGACCAGGGCCUAUUCGCUGUCAGAGGAAACUUCAACUCCCCUCUGAACGACGGAGUGGCCGAAGUGUUUGUGGACGGGGACUGGGAAGACCCCACCCAGCCGCGCAUGGAAGCAGCUCCCCCUGCCGACAUGCAGAUGAACAACAUGCCACCACGCAGGGUCUACGCAGCGUCGGAUGUGUCCAGUAUGGUGGCGACCUGGCAAUUUGAUCCUGAGUGGGGCAGUAUAGAUCUCCCACCAUCAGAGAUUGAUGAACAAAUCGUGCCCACCAAACCGACGGAGAUAGAAAGUUCCAUGGUCGUUCCCAGAGCGGAGACCCCUGAUGUCAGUGAAGAUGAGAUAAGUGACAGAGACAGUGUGAGCUCAGAUAACACGGAGGACUCCCGGUUCAGCGUGGUGAGAGUAGAGCUGGAGCCGGAGGACAAGGAGAGGAUGAGAGUGAAACUGCCGGGAGAGAUUGUGGCUCCUGUAGUACCGAAGACCAAGAAGAAGGCAGGAGACCCGGGUGCGAACGCUGAUGAUAAAGGAUGCGUGGUCAUGUGACCAGGAACAAUCCAGACAGAUGAAGUCACAGACAAAAGAAGCAUCGUCAUUAUCAUCAUGAAGAGAUUAACAUGAUAAUACAAUGUCUUAUCAGUAUGUAGCUUUGAUAACAAACAAACAAAC